UAGUUUUUAUUCCCUGUCGGACCACAACGCGUCGCGUCGCUAUCCGCCUGGCCAGAAGUUGUCCCAUACAAAUUAUUGCCCAGGAGUCGAGGAAAGGAAUUUGUGCGCGAAAUUAUUGGCGUACGAGAAGGAGGAGAAGAGAAGAGCAGCUGUGAAAAUGUUUCGACACAUAAUCAACUUUACAAACAAAUAUAAAAUCCUCAGGGGCAUGAUAUCCUAUGGGACCCUCUGGCCCUGCGGCUGUCUUAUCGAGCAGACGAUGAUCGAGAAAAAGACAUUCCGAACGUACGACUGGAUGAAGUGCCUCAGGUUCAGUUUAUUCGGCUUCUUCUUUAUGGGCCCCACAAUAUAUGUGUGGAUACGACUGGCCGGCGUUAUGUGGCCACGGACGGACAUUAAGUCAUCGCUGUGCAAGGCGAUCACCGAGCAGACCGCCUACGAUCCGAUGGCCAUCAGCUCGUUCCUCUUCUUCAUGACGCUGAUGGAGGGCAACUCGUAUGCCCAGGCCAGGCAGGAGGUUAGCGAUAAAUUCCUGGACGCCUAUAAGGUGGGCGUUAUUUAUUGGCCCUGCGUGCAGACGGUGAACUUUGCCUUUGUCCCGGCCCGCAACCAGGUCGUGUUCACCUCGUUCUUCAGCAUGUGCUGGACCACGUUCCUGGCCUACGUCAAGUUCCUGCAGCUGCAUCCCACCGUCGAUGUUGACCACCAUGCCAUGGACAUACACUUCCUGGAGAUGUGAGGAGCCAACCGCAGUAGAAACACAAAAACACACUUUCAAGUCUCCAAGCUGUUCCCAGCGAUAAUGUGAUCAGACACGCCCCCAUCCCCACCCCAUAGUAUAAGUUAAUGACAUGUCAUUUCUCUUCUCUUCUCUUCUCUUUUUUUGUUUUGUUUUUUUCUUUUACAUUUAUUUUGUUGUGGGCCAUAAAAAAAAUGUAUAAAUAUAUGUAUAAAACAUC